AUGCUAACUCCGGAUCUGUUGAGGGCCAUCAUUGCUUCGCUGGAGGGCUCAGAGAUCGCUAGGAUUGUAAACAUUGCAUGCCUUGCAUUGUCAGUCUAUGAGUGGUUAAUUACGCUUGAUCAAGAGAUAGAGUAUUUCUGGACCGGAAAAUGGACGAUAUCACGAAUCUUAUUCUUUUUGAAUCGAUACAUCCCUCCUUUUUUGGUUAUGCUCGGGCUCAUUGAGUUCUCCAUUCCAAAUCCUUCAAAUGAAGUGAGGCCGUCGAUAUCAUCAACUGUAUCAAGAUUGCUGAUACGCUCUGUCCCUUUUCCACGUCCAUUCGCUAUUCAAGUUGUACGUGGCACUUCCUGCUUCGACCUACGUUCCAAUCACUCAAUGUCGAAAAUAGCUGCAUCUCGGCUAUCCGGUUCUCAUUCGUCUCAUCAAUCCUCGCCUUGGGUACCAUCCAAGCGAUGCUCAUUCUCCGUAUAUGUGGCAAUUUCCCUGGCUUACACCAGCGUAGCUGCAAUGGGUUUGAGGCUACUGAACACAUCCCUUUUCAUGCAAGGUGCUCCCGGGUGUCGCGUUGCCAGACCGGUAAAAUUUUGGAGAAUGUUCAUGCCGUCGUUGGGUUUACAUACAAUUCUAUACAUCAUGACGGCUGUAAGAGCCUUGCGCAAUCGUAGAAUAUUGAAGGACGCCCCGGUUUUGAAGCGUCUUCUCCGAGACGGAGGACUUUUCUUUUUUGUAGUAUUCGUGUCUAUCGGGUUCACAGCUAUUGGUUCAUUUCUGGAGAAUGUUCCUCAGAUUAACAUACCGGUGAUCUUUUCAAAGUAUGUUUACCUUCCUUCAACUAUCGCACUCAUAAUCCUUACGACGAUCCCACGACUGGUACAAAGUUACUUGCUCGCAGUUACAUCCAUCGCGAUGUCCCGAAUUAUGUUUAGCAUCCAUUCUCUGGCCUCUCAUCUCGGUUCUGAGACCGGCUGGCUCUUGAGCAAUGUCGAAUUACGGAGAACCAACUGGAGGAAGGGUGCUACAGAAGGAGAACUCAUUGUCGAGUGCAAUAGUUAUGAUGACUACGACGAUCGAGAAUCCAACCUGCAGAUUAACAACGGCUCCCUUCGUUCGUACAGAGCGUUGAAGGUGUCGAGGGUUGGUGUGUUCAAUGAUGACACGAUGUGGCUUUAG